AUGACACCACACGCAACUCCAGUGACCCCAGAGCCCGACGCCUCAGCUCCUCCCCCAAAUGCAAACAGUCCUAGUCCAGCGGCUCGUCACCCGCGCAUGAACCUAUCCUCUACCCCAAGUCGCAGCAGAUUCCGUGCAUGGGAGCUUAAUUCUCCACCAAGAUUCGCCAUCUGGGAAGAUUCCCCCGAAAGAGCCUCGCAGGUUUGCCUACCUGGCCAUGUUUUCGAAUCCAUCAGAAGUGACGACAAAGAAAAUGUGUAUGCCACCGUCAUGGACUACGAGACAGAUCCCGAACCAGAAAGUCAGGCAGUUGGCGCGGACGAGAUCAGGCUGCGAGCCGGUCCUCGCGACGUCUUCGGCAUGCCUAUCAAUUCCAUCUUUGGACCUACUCUCUCGCAGCAUUCUCUGAGCCCCGAUGCCACGCCUUCUGCCCAGCCGACUCGUGUUGAUAACAAUACUCGACCCACAAUGCAAGUUGCACUGCGCGAGGGGGAUGAAAUGGACAUUGAGUGGAAUGAUGGCCCAUCGCCGCACGAGGCCGAGGAACUUGCCCGAGUGAGCGACACAACUAACCGGGCUGCGGAGCAGAGAUGGCAAUACGGGCGAGGUUCUCCCGUACGUGAUCACAAUGUACAGAGGCAAACAAGACUCUUCCUUGAGGCUCGACGUACCGCUCAUUCUCGGCGGCACCAGAACCGUCGUCGUCGUUUUGCUGAGGUGGGUAGCCCCCGAUAA